UGUUAUCCAUUAUUGCCUUCUUUAAUUCGCCCUAAGUAGCCUAAAAAUGUGUAAUUGAAAAGUUUUGGUUGUGAACAUGUGGACGUGGGCAGUAGUUUCUCGAACAUCUAAAUCAGUUCUUUGCCUCUGCUUCACAGAUGUCGAUGACGUCACUCAGUGUUUCAGCACUGCUGUGCUGUCCAGCUUCUCUAUCCAGUCUCUCUCCACAAACGCUAUUCGUAUCCUCUUUACGGGGCAGCUGGUAAGAAAACUCCCAGCUGCCGUGCGACUGCGAGACUAACUUUCAUCUUAAUCGAUUCGUCACUGCAUAACAUGAAAGCGCCACAGAGCGCAUUCUGCUGAGUUCGGUUCCCGGUACCGCAGCGGCAGUCCAGGAAGGGGCUGGCUAUGCUGUUUCUCUUGGCCUGAAUUUUUGGGGAUAGCGUUUUGCUGCGUCGCUGUCCGUGACAUUGCGGUUGGGAGAGCCGCCGGACCGGUGGACCACGAAGAUGGCGGAGAACGCUGUCAACACCGCUGUCAAUACAACGACAGGUGAGCGACUUGCUCAAAGUUACUAAAGUCAUGACAUCACCUUUAACUCCGGAAAAGAAAUCUCAAAGCAAUGGCCAUGCCUCACCAACUUACCAGAAAACCAACCCAGGCAGCCCUUCAAUGAAACAGACUGAUGCACUGACUCCACCCACUGUCACAGAAAAGAAAACUCAGACCAAUGGACACGCUUCACCUUCACGCCAUUCGACCAAUACCAACGCAUAUGCAGGUAAACAAUAUUUGGAGGGCUAUUUGAAGACAGAUGAUAGGAUGAGGCUUGCCAAAGAGAGGCGUGAGGAGAGGGAGAAGAGUUUGGCUGCACGGGAGCAAGCUAUAAAGGACAAGGAGAAGCGAGCUCAGCUGCAAUAUGAGAAGACGGUGGAAGAGCGAUGGAAGCGACUGGACGAGCAGAGACAGAAGGAGGAGCUUCGCAGGGCAGCCGUGGAGGAGAAGAGAAGACAGCAGCUAGAAGAGGAGAAGGAGCGUCUGGAGGCUCUGAUGAGGAGAUCACAUGAGCGCAGCCUGCAGCUGGAGAACAGGAAUAAACGCUGGGUAUGGGGUCCCAACGGCACCGCUCAAGGUGACUGGGAGAAUGCCCCGCCUCCUCUCUCUGCUGCCCUCCCCCAUGACCUCGCUGCCCCCUCUCCUACUGCCAUCGAAUCAGGCAACGUGCCCCCCAGUCCUCACAGGUCACCAUACCGAGGGUCACCGAGCCGCCGCAGAAACAAUCCUGUGCCAGCAGAAGAGUCCAUUGGAGCUGUCAGUGCCCCCAACACCCCCAAGAAGGAGAGAUUACGUAGAGAGAGGAGGACUGGCUCUCCGGCCACAGGUUCACCAGUGAGGCGAGCGAAAUCUCCUGCGGAUGUUACCCAGCGCUCUGCCUCACCUGCCACACCCAAGUUAGUCCCCAAGAAUCGUACUCAGUCACCAUGUACAGUGCGGCAGUAUCCACCCUCCCCCAUGAAACACAGACCCGCCACACCAGUCAAAAAUGCUGAGGACAUCAAAAGUCCGAAGGAGGGCCCUAACAAUGAAAGUUUGGAUAAGGCACCAAAAAUGGAGACGUCUGUUUCCGGGACACCUCCUCCAGAAAGAAGAUCAAUAAAGAUAGAAAAUCACACUAAUGGCGCAAAGGAUAAGAAAAGUGUUUUGGAAAACCAACAAAAAAUGAAUGACAAGAGGGAGACCCCUGAGAAAAACCAUCCCAAGUCAAACGGGUAUGAUGCGACUGCAAGCAAGUGUGCAGAUCCUUCACCGGUGAACUCUGUUGGCAAGGUGGUUGCUGGAACGACAGAUGCUGAGGAGGCGUCUCGUCUGCUUGCAGAACGCAGGCGUCUGGCCAGACUGCUGAAGGAACAGGAGGAGAAACAACGCAGGGAAAUGGAGGAGCAGGAAAAGCUAAAGAGUCAGCAACUCAAGAAGAGGCAGCUGGAGGAAAGAGCUCGACAGGAAGAGAAAACUCGUCAAGCAGAGGAGGAGAAAUGUAGACAAGAGCAGCAACAGAAGAUGAGAGAGCAGGAGGAGAAAAAACAGAAAGAGAAGGAGCUCCAGGCCCAGAUGGAGAAAGAGAAAGAGGAGGCAGAGAUGCGUGUUCAGAAGGACACUGAGCGCCAGCGACAGGAGAGAGAACAUUUCAAACAGCAGGAGGAACAGGAGAGACAACAGCGAAAAAAGAGAAUAGAGGAAAUAAUGAAGAGAACCAGAAAGAGUGACGGCGAGAUGAAGAGAGAGGAUAGCCCAGAGCCCCUUUCUCCUGUCUACCUCCCUGUUUCUCCACCAGGUGGUAACCAUUUGACCUCAGGUGCUGAGGUCAAAUCUCAGGAUAACAUCAUGCAGACAACCUCUGUGCAUGGACAGACUUACAAACAGGAGAGUGAAGGGAAAAGACCAGAGAAUGGCUGUACGAAUAAACAGAUGAAUUCAUGCUCAAAUCCCUCCUUGAACGGCCAAGUAAAAAUCAACCAUACUGCAGUAAAAACGGAAGAGAAGGUAAGGGUAAGUGAAGAAAAUGUCAAGACUAUUAGACAAAAGAGUGAACCAGUGAAGACCCAAAGUUUACAAGUGAAAGAAGAGGUAAAGCAAGAAGACGCAUCCACAGCAAAAGUGAAGGUAACCCCGCUGAAGAGCUCGCCUGAAAACACAGUAGCAAAUAUUACGAGUGUGUUGACUACACACAGCAAACCCAAAGUUUCCACCCAAGUGAAUGUACCUGGAAAUACGCCCACUCGCAGCUUACAGGAAAGCAGCCUGACCAAUGGAAAAAGCCAAACUAUUACUCAGUUGGCCAAACAAGAGGCCAGUAACCAAGUGAAAACACCUGUAACUGUGCAAAUGAAUGGACAAGCCACCGCUCAGGGACCCAAGAAUGAUAUCACUGUGAAGAAAGCCAAUGGACAGGGGACCUCAACGGUAACUGUCCCACAAGCAAAGACUCUCACUCAGACUGGUGGACAUAUGAUAACACAGGUGAAAUCAAAGGAUGGAGGGAAAGACCACCCGCCCUCUUCCUUGACCCCAUUGCCAGAGUCAAAACCGCCUCUGCCUCUUAUUUAUCUGGACACUUUGGAAGGGAAGAGUGGAGCGGCAGAGGACUCUGCAGAUGAAGUGCAGUACAUGGAGGUUAGCCCCGUCUCGAAGGAGGAGUUAAUCUCUAUCCCAGAAUUUUCCCCACUGAACUCUCCCCAGCAGAAUGGAAUGAGUAACAUGCGUGCUCUAGAGGACCUGUUGGAUCUGACGGGGCAAUUAGCUUAUCCCAGACUGUCUCCUGCUGCCAGCCUGGGUGACUUCAACAAAAAUCUUAUAGAAGGGGUCUGUAGCCCUGGAUCUGACUCUAAACUCAUCCCUAACAACCCUUCAGCCUCUGACAAACACCAUGCACAAUAAGGCAACGGGCCAGACUACAUUGGUGCAUCUUACUGCAAAGGGAUAAUUGCUCAUCACUUUCAACAGAAAAGGAAAAUAAAAAAUGAAGAUGCAAAGAAGGGAGAAACUGCUGGGCAUGAGUGUGAUAUUCGUCUAGUUUCAAUUUUGUCCUCUUUAAAAUGAUUUCCUUCUGCCUUUAAUCUUUACAGCACAAAAACCAAGUGUAUUGAAACCCUGGUUCAAUAUUACGGACAGAAUUUAACUCAAGCGUGAAGUGUUCACUAGAUAUGCGUGUUGUGUGUAUGUUUAUAUACAGAUUUGGAUGGCCACAAUUGCUGGUAAGAGGGUUUGGACAAUACUUUGAAGGUAUCUUGGUCUCUCAGGCCAGAGUUCAACAUUUCCCAAGAACAUUGUCAUCACUGGAUAGAGACAGAACACUCAUAGAGACAUGAAGUAAUAAAUAGUGUGUAAUAACUCUUUGUAGUUAGAAAUACAUGAUAGAAAUGUUUCUUUAUCAGUCGACUCUUUCUCAUUGGUAACAGUAUUAUUAUGACAUGUUUUGUUGAGUAAUUGCUGUGUAUUUUAAGCUCAACUAACAUCUCCUGCAUUGCAUCGCAUAACCUGCAUUGUAUUGAACCCGUUUGCUAUUGAAUGCUUGUAACACAGGACAUUAGUACAAUAGACAAAUAUGACCAUCGACAAAUACAGCAUGUAUAUACAAAGUAAAGGCUGUAAGCCCAUUUUAAAGCCCUAGUUUACCAAGGAACUCAAUAUUAGUGUCAUAUUCUUCCUCCGGUGUCAUCACUGUGCUUAACAAUGUAGUUUCAGUUCUUUUGACAAAUGUUAACCCGUUAUAUUGGAGUCCUGACUUUAUUCCUUGACAUCGAACAAACAGUGUUGUGGUCCAAACCAAAAAAACAAACAUUGAUGUGCUUUUACUUGCCUAAACACUUCAAUAGACUAUGGGUAUUUCAGGUAUACAUGUCUGGAGUAGGUGGGUAUGAGAGUUAACAACUUUGUUGUUUAAUUGUUCUAUAUAGUGUGGAUUCACAAAAAAGCUUACUUGAAAAACUGUUUGAUUAGCCUGCAGGGAACUUCUAAACUUCUCCAAGUGUCUCUUCAAUCUCUAAAUACAGUACAGCAGUGACUUCAAAUUGUGAUUACUGUAGAUGAUGUGCAUGGUGGCAUGAGCAUCGAGCCAUACUUAUAUGCCUAGAAACCAAUAAACUGUCUUUACCAGA